AUGACUGGCACGAGCGACUCGAUGCCUCCGCAGCUGGGGAGUGAAGACUUGCAGGUCGAAAAGGUUGUCUGUGUCAUCAAGAGCCCUUUGGAUACCACACUCUACGAGAUUCUGAGUCUCGAGGAAAGGGAACACGACGGCGUUAAGUCUUUUGAAGUCACUACACAGCCCAGUGCCCAACCUCCUCAGUCUCUUCUCGAUGAGCUUCUGGUAGAGAACGUGCCGGAUUACCUCUGCGAAAGUGAUACGAGGAAGGUGCACGUUGUGGUAUCGACUGGAUCGGGGACCGCGCUGGCUCAGAGCUUCUAUCAGUCUGCUCUGCGUCCAGUUCUCGAGAAAUUCGGGCUUGCGGCCGCGAAUACGUCCUCUGACGGACCAAGCGUCUCCCACGCCGCUUCAGAUACCGGGACGUAUGCUCUUACCAUUACGCAAGAUGCUCAGAGUAUCCGUAGGUUUGCAAGAGACCUUAGCAUGUCCACCAAAGGUCUCCAUGGCUCAGGUAUGCAACAUACAGUGGUCCUUCUCAGUGGUGAUGGGGGCAUCGUCGAACUGCUGAACGGCAAGGCGCCCAUCGACGAGGUGGGCAUGUCUGAUACGUCACGCCCUCUGAUUAUUAUGUUGCCUCUUGGAACAGGAAAUGCCCUUUUCCAUAGCUUACACAAGCCCCUCUAUGCUACAGCUGGCUCUGCCGAACCUUCCCCUCUUGUCCUUGGCUUGCGCACGUUGCUGAAGGGGCAAACGGCCCCGUUGCCCUCCUUCCGUGUCGAUUUCUCAGCAGGCUCUCGGACGAUUACCUACGUCGACCCUGCAAAAGAUCACUCGAGUGGUUCAGAGCAAGGUAUCCAAGAACAAUCCAACGCUGCUACCCAUCUAUACGGGGCUAUUGUCGCAUCCUAUGGGUUCCAUUCUCAGCUAGUCUGGGAGAGUGACACUCCAGAAUACCGGAAGCACGGAGCACAGCGGUUCCAGAUGGUGGCAGCGGAGCUUCUCAAAGAGAGCCACGCUUAUAACGCGACUGUUGAACUGAGUUCUACUGGUGAAUCCACGUCGAAGAAGCUCGAUAGGGGCCAACAUGCGUACAUCCUUGCAACGAUGGUAUCAAACCUCGAAAAGACCUUCACCAUCUCCCCCGCCAGCAUUCCUCUGGACGGCAAGCUCAGGCUUAUCCACUUCGGUGCAGUAGGUGGCCAGAAGACCAUGGACAUCAUGAUGCAGGCCUACAACAACGGAAACCAUGUCGGUAUGGAGUGGACAGCGGACGACGGCAGACCGGAACGGGUAGGAUAUGAUGAGGUCAAGCAGGUCAAGGUCACAACCGAUGAAGCCGAUGCACGGUGGAGGAAGGUCUGCAUCGAUGGAACUAUUGUUGAGAUACCAAAGGGAGGCUCUAUGACAAUUGCGACGGAGGAGCAUCCGCACUUGCAGGUACUAGUUCAUCAGUCCCUGAAGGCUGCAUAA